AUGGCUUUGAUGGAAGUUGAUGAUGUUCGGCAAUCGCAAGUAGUACUUCAUGAGGAUAAAAAAUAUUAUCCAAGUGCUGAGGAAGUUUACGGGCCUGAGGUUGAGACGUUAGUGCAGGAAGAAGACACGCAACCAUUGUCCGAACCCAUUAUUGCCCCGAUAAAAAUAAAGAAAUUCCAAAUUACUGAAAAAAAUUUGCCAGAGACAAGAUAUAAAAAAGAAUUUUUGGUCGAUAUGAUGAAUUUCCCUGAAUUAGUGCGAAACGUCGCUAUUAUUGGUCAUUUACAUCAUGGAAAGACUUCAUUCGUUGAUAUGCUUGUUAAUGAAACUCAUUCUUCUGUCGCGUGGGAUGUGGAUCGACAGGAACGAUACACUGAUACUCACACUCUAGAAAGAGAUCGUGGGGUCAGUAUAAAGAGUAUGCCAAUGACACUUAUUUUGCAAGAUACAAAGGGGAAAUCUUAUUUAUUUAAUAUUAUUGAUACACCUGGACAUGUUGAUUUCGUGGACGAGGUGACUGCCGGACUCCGAAUCGCUGAUGGUGCUGUUAUUAUAGUUGACGCGAUCGAAGGAGUUAUGGCUAAUACUGAACGCGUAAUACGACAUGUCAUACAAGAGAAACUAGCAUUUACAUUGGUGGUAAAUAAAGUUGACCGAUUAAUUUUGGAACUUAAAUUACCACCUAAUGACGCGUACUUUAAAUUAAAACACACUAUAGAAGAGGUCAACAGCAUCAUAAGUAAAUGCGCACCGGGACAAGAUCUUCGAGUUUCGCCUGAGCGCGGAAAUGUAUGCUUUGCUUCUACUCAGAUGGGAUGGUGUUUUACACUGAAAUCUUUUGCCAAAAUUUAUGCAGAUACCUAUGGUAAUAUCAAUCCAGACGGUUUCGCAAAGCGUCUUUGGGGUGACAUUUUCUUCGAUGCUACCAAACGGACAUUUACUCGUCGUUCAGUAGAUAAGAGUAUGCGAUCUUUUGUGUAUUUUAUAAUGCAACCAUUGUAUAAAAUUUAUGCUCAGGUUAUUGGGGAGGAUGAAAAAACAUUAAAAAAGACAUUAGCCUCGUUGGGCAUAAACCUUAAAGCAUCACAUUACCAAUUGGACGUCAAACCAUUGCUACGAAUAGUACUGGAUCAAUUUCUUGGACCGGCUACUGGUUUUGUUGAUAUGGUUAUCCAAAACAUACCAUCACCCGAAAAUAAUGCUGUUAACAAGGUCGAACAUAUUUAUACGGGACCGAUGGAUACCGAAGUUGCGGAAGCAAUGAAAAAAUGUGAUUCUGAUGGUCCGCUUAUGAUCCAUAUCACUAAACUAUAUAAUUCUAGUGACGCGUCAAUCUUUGACGCGUUUGGUCGUAUUCUAAGUGGAACGGUACGAAAAGGACAAUCUGUGAGGGUUCUUGGCGAGGGAUAUUCUAUUGAAGAUGAAGAAGAUAUGACAAUACAAGAUGUUAAUAAUGUCUGGGUAUUUGAAUCAAGGAUAGAAGUAGAUGGAGUACCCGCAGGCAACUGGGUACUUCUUGGAGGGAUCGAUAACUCAAUAGUGAAAACCGCUACUGUAACAAACAAAAAUGUAAAUGAAGAUUUAUAUAUUUUCCGACCUUUGUCAUUUGUUACGACUGCUGUUCUUAAAGUUGCUGUAGAGCCAGUUAAUCCUUCAGAGUUACCGAAAAUGUUGGAUGGGCUAAGAAAAAUCAAUAAAAGUUAUCCGAUUGUAAUAACAAAGGUUGAAGAAUCCGGCGAGCAUAUCAUAUUAGGCACGGGUGAAUUAUACUUGGACUGCGUACUUCAUGAUCUAAGGCGAAUGUACGCGGAAAUUGAACUUAAAGUAUCGGAUCCGGUAGUUCGAUUUUGUGAAACUGUCGUUGAAACCUCUGCAUUGAAAUGUUUUGCAGAGACACCAAAUAAAAAGAAUAAAUUAACAAUGAUUGCCGAACCAUUAGAGAAAGGCGUCGCGGAAGAUAUUGAGUCAGGAAAAAUUAAUAUUAAGAUGCCAAUGAAAGAAAUUGCGAAAUUUUUUGAAGAAAAAUACAAUUGGGAUAUUUUAGCAUCUCGUUCAAUUUGGGCAUUUGGCCCAGAUGAAAAUGGACCAAAUAUACUCUGUGAUGAUACGCUGCCUUCUGAAGCAAAUAAGAAACUUCUUUCGUCUGUACGAGAUUCUAUAAGACAAGGGUUCCAGUGGGGUACACGUGAAGGUCCUUUAUGUGAUGAACCGAUACGGAACGUGAAGUUUCGCAUCUUGGAUGCAGUUAUAGCACCAGAACCAAUCUAUCGAGGAGGUGGUCAAAUAAUACCUACAGCAAGACGUGUUUGCUAUUCAGCCUUUCUGACGUCCACUCCAAGAUUGAUGGAACCUGUAUAUUAUGUUGAGAUACAAGCUCCGGCUGAUUGUGUUUCAGCUGUAUAUACUGUAUUAGCGCGUCGAAGAGGUCAUGUUACACAAGACAUUCCGAAAGCUGGAUCACCUUUGUAUACCGUAAAAGCUUAUAUUCCGGUGAUUGAGGCCAAUGGCUUCGAAACCGAUCUAAGAACGCAUACUCAAGGUCAAGCAUUUUGUCAACAAAUGUUUGACCAUUGGCAGAUUGUUCCUGGUGAUCCGUUAGAUCAGACUAUUGUUUUGAGACCUUUGGAACCAAGCCCUGCGCAGCAUUUAGCAAGAGAUUUCAUGGUGAAAACUAGACGACGCAAGGGACUCUCGGAAAAUGUAUCGAUAAAUAAGUUUUUCGAUGAUCCGUUACUUUUGGCUGUCGCACAAACUGAUGUUCUUGGUAGUGGAUUUACUCUAUAG